AUGUUGAUUUUGCAAGUAUACAGCCACCUACAGAAGCUUCUUGGGGUGAAUCAUGAAGUGGGUUCUAGAUUCUCAUGUUCUCUUAUUCAUCGAUUAGAUCUUCCACCAGAUGCUUCAUCCAUGGAGUUAUCACGAAGAGUGGAAUGCAAUUCCAAGCUAGUUGUUGCUCUUUCGGUCAAUGAUGAGUUCUUUGUUCCUGUUCUUGACAGGAGAAGUGGAAUCAACUUAAUUCAUAAUGUUAAUAGUGGCUUCUUUACAUCUAUAUUGGAGAGGGGUGAUGAAAUGAUUUGUGUUGCAUCCAUCAGGAUUAAUGGGACCCAGCUACCAGAGAUGCCAUUUAUUGGGACCCACCAUAUUUAUAGACGCCAAAUGAUGUGUCGUAGGUUGUUAUCUGCUAUUGAAUCAGUACUCUCAUCCCUUCAUAUUGAGAAAUUGAUCAUUCAUGCCAUUGCUGAACACAUGCAUACAUGGAUAGAUGUUUUUGGUUUCAAGCCUCUUGAGGAAACACACAGACAAGAAAUGAGGUCCAUCAACAUGUUGGUGUUUCCUGGAACAGAUAUGUUGCAGAAACCACUAAUUCCAGAGAAAGGUUCAUCAUUACAUAAGAUAAGAAUGGAAUUAGAAUUGGAAAGCAACAUUCUAAAGCCUGACAGAUCUGAAUCAAGUUCUCCCGAUGUUAAAGAGUCGAUACAAAUAAUUGCUCCAUCGGAUUCCGGUUCUCAAGAUGCUAGCGAUGCGACUCUUUCCAUCAGUUAUGUUAAAGUUGACAUCCCUAAGAAAAGGUGUGUGUGGGGUGGUAAUGAGACUACAAAUGGAAUUGCUGAUGCCGAUUCCAAGGGAGAAGGAUUUGCUCCACAGAAUGGGAAUGUGAUGCCUUCCACCAAAACAGGCGGUGCCUAUUCCAUUCCAGCUUCUCGGGGAAGUGCUGGUGUAGGCUUUGAUGUCGUGCAAUAUGGAUUAGCAUCUACUCCAACAAUGUUCAAUAGUACACUCACAACAAAUGAAGACUUUCUAUGUCCAGUUGAUGGAGCUAUCAUGAUAACUUCAAGCCAUCUUCCUUAUAAUAGAAAUGCUUUUAAAUUCUUUACUAAUGAAGGAGUUCUUGGAAAACCUGACAUUAAAGACAUUCUGAAGCGUGCUGCAAACAUAUACAAUGGAUUUACACCAAAAUCUCUAGAAGAGGCAGAAAGAAAAGUUUGA